ACGCCAUUAGUUUCAACUUCCUCACGACUACUUCCAUAAUUACCUGAAACAGUUUUGAGCAAUGAAGUUCUCAGUACGGAGCUCGCCAUUAAAACCCCAAAUAAUGGAGCUCCUUUGCAAAGCUACUGCUCUCACGUGGAGUCACUCAAUCUCCUCCUCUCUUCACAUGCCUCAAUCUUUCACUAUUGCUGAGGCCAAAAGAUUCCGAGUGUGGUGUAGUUCUGAUCAAAUGCAGAAGACAAAUCUUAUGACUGUAUCAAUAACUGGAGCUACUGGCUUUAUAGGAAAAAGACUGGUACAAAGACUGCAUGCAGAUAAGCAUUAUGUUCGUGUCUUGACUCGUUCUAGAUCAAAAGCUGAGUUAAUAUUUCCGGUCAAGUACUUUCCAGGAAUUGUAAUUGCAGAGGAACCAGAAUGGAAAAAUUGCAUUCAGGGCUCGAAUGCUGUUGUAAAUUUGGCUGGAAUGCCCAUUAGUACAAGGUGGUCUUCUGAGAUCAAAAAGGAGAUCAAGCAAAGCAGGAUAAAGACCACCUCAAAGGUUGUAGAUUUAAUAAAUAGUUCACCAGAAGGUGCUCGGCCUGCUGUUCUAGUCAGUGCAACAGCUGUUGGUUUCUAUGGCUGUAGCGAAACAGCGGUAUUCGAUGAGAACAGUCCAUCAGGGAAUGAUUACUUGGCUGAGGUUUGUAGAGAAUGGGAGGCAACCGCUCUCAAAGUCAAUAAGGAUGUUAGAUUAGCACUUAUCCGCAUUGGUGUGGUUCUUGGUAAAGAUGGCGGUGCCUUAGCUAAGAUGAUUCCUCUUUUUAUGAUGUUUGCGGGUGGACCUUUGGGCUCUGGACGGCAAUGGUUUUCUUGGAUUCAUCUGGAUGACAUAGUGAACCUAAUAUAUGAAGCACUGUCAAAUCCUUCUUACAAAGGAGUUAUCAAUGGAACUGCACCAAACCCAGUUCGAUUAGCAGAGAUGUGUGAACAAUUGGGUAAAGUAUUGGGCAGGCCCUCAUGGCUGCCUGUACCAGACUUUGCUCUCAAAGCAGUCUUAGGGGAAGGUGCUUCCGUGGUUCUGGAUGGGCAAAGAGUAGUACCUGCAAGAGCCAAGGAGUUGGGUUUCCCCUUCAAGUACCCUUACGUGAAAGAUGCACUAAGAGCCAUUCUUUCUUAAGGAAUAUGUGGAUGACAACACUGAAUAUCCAUUCUUUAAUCAAUCGGGGAAUUUUCUGACACUAGAGUCUGAGAGAUUAUACAUAUACCUAGCAAUAUUGAGAUUAUGGAUCAGUAUUUCUCUUACUUAUCUUUCUUUUUUUCUUUCUUAUUUACUAGUGAAUAAUUCUUUUAUAAAUUAUGUGGCUGUGUGUUGAUAUGUUUCUCACAUGAAAUGCACCGCAACCAUGGAUAUGUAGAACUUCAAUGCUGUACAAAAUGCCAACGCACGGCAAUAUUUGGUGGGA